AUGUCCGCUUUGGUGGUUUCCCGCAGUUAUCCAUGUGAGUGGGCAGGAAUUCUUGAGGGGACGCCACAUCUGAAAAACCUGGAGGAUUUUGCUAAAGCAGUGCUGGAAGACAUUUGGACAGCUCUGCUGAAGCAGUUUGUGCAGGAAGAUGACCAGUUGGAUCUUGCGUCAGAAUUAAAUGAGCAGGAUUUACACCAGGGGUCGCUGCAGAGACGGUUCUUUGGCAGAGCGAAGCUGCUGUCUGCUGCUGUGGAGAUAGCCGAGCGGAUCCAGGCCAAAGGAGGACUGAUGGUGGUGGAGUCGGCUGUUGGAGAGGGAAAAACUGUCUUUAUGGCUGCUUUAGCAGAAGCUCUCCGGACCGGAGAAAAGUCCAGGAGCAACCAGAAGUGUGAAGUCAUCGCCUACUCCACAGCUGCCAGCCAGUCGGCACGGUCUAUGGAGAACCUCCUUCGAUGUCUCCUUCUGUGUUUCAGGAAGAUGAGGGAUACAGAGGAGGAGAAGUCGCCUCUUCCUCAGUCUUACAGAGAGCAGAUGUCAGAAUUUCACUCCAAGUUGAGUGACAUGAAUAGCCGACCGCUGGCAAUGCUGGUUGACGGGGCAGAUUUUGUCCAAGAUGGCGGUGGUCAGCUGAACUCCGACUGGAUACCACAGCACCUCCCACAGGGUGUAUGUUUGAUAAUCAGCAUCACGUCCAGUUGUGCGCUGCUGCAAACUCUGAUCAAGAAGAGAGGGGCGAUCCUGUUUUCCCUGGGACAGCUUACCGUGUUAGACAGGAAGGAGAUAGUCCAAAAGGGACUGGCAACCUUCGGCAAGAAACUCAGUGACUCUGCAUUCAACAACCAGCUCCAGACGUUGGUUAUGAAGAAGGGAGCAGUGAGUCCUCUCUACCUGCAGCUGGCCUGUGAAGACCUCAGGAACUUUGCCACCUUUGAUAAGCUGAAGGACAGUCUCCAGAGGUUGCCCGAGACACUGAACCAGCUGGUGGGUUACGGCCUGCAAACAUUGUGUUUGCAGUUCAGAGGGUAUCAUGGACUCCACUUGGCCCUGGUGGCACUCACUGUCAGCACCGAGGGUCUUCGGGAGAGAGAUUUCUACACUGUUCUUGACACGUGCAAUAACUUACCUUCACCGUACGACCCGAUUAAGUGGCAGAAUGUCCUGAAUCAAUUCAGGAAGCCAGCAGGAUUGAUCCCCAUGGCAACGUUCACGAGUCUACUGCAAAGUUUGAAAAGUCUGAUUGGUCGAUCUCAUUGCUGUGACACCGAUGACCUGCUGGUUCUAUCUAAUCCGGAGAUAAGGCGCACAUUUGAGGAUUCUCUUAUUUCAGAGAAAUCUGUCAGAACCAGAGGUCACUUCAUUUUGGCAGCUCAUCAGUGGGCGGUGGCGGACCCCCAGGGAACCGAUACAUUCUCUCACUGUGAGGCCAGCUCACUGAAGAACCUGCCUACUAACCUGAUGAAAAGUGACCAGUUGGAGGCGCUUCAGUUCCUGCUUUCCAGUUACUACUUCCUCUAUGCUAACGUACGCCACGGCCUCCUGCAUCACCUCAUGGAGACGUACACCUUGUAUAAUGAGAAGUGCGAGUAUGCAACUUCAGCUGGCUCUCAGACCAGUCUGAUGGACUGCUGGAGUUUCCUGCGGCGCCACGCCUCGCUCCUUCCCUCUUACCCGGCUCUGUUUAUCCAGCAGGCUUUCAACGAGCCUCAUCAGACGCCGGCUCACAGCUGGGCACGAAGUUUGACUGGAAAAGGAGGCGUGCGUGUAAUUGAGUGGCAAAACAAAGAAGAGGAGAUUCUCUUAAAGAACAGCGAGCUGCUGUCGACCUUCUCCUCUGAACCGACUUCUCUGGUAAUGAGCUUGGAUGGUGAGCUGAUGGUGGUCGGUACUGAAAACGGAACGCUGCAUUUCAUCGACACAAAGACCGGCCAGGAAGUGAAAUCGCUGGUGAGCAGCUGCGACGGCAUCUCGAGUUGUGUGUUUCUGAGUGACAGUCGUCUUGCUGCGACCUCCCACGAUGGGCGAAUAGAGCUGUGGGACACUGAGAACGGCUGCAGGACGGGUCUGAUUGAUGGCCACACCAACAUGAUAACAGGAAGUGCGCUGUCUGUGGACAGGAAGCAUCUUGCGACGGCGUCUCUGGAUUGCAUGCUGAAAGUCUGGUCUUCUGCUCAAGCACACGAGGCGGCGUCCAUGCUCAGCCCCAGCCCUUUGAACUGUGUGACCUUUGACCCCGAGGGUCACCUGCUGGCUGCUGGGUGUUGGAAUGGCACGGUGACCAUGUGGAACUGGCUUCAAGACAAAGUCCAAACUUCUCUGUCAGGCCAUCGCAGCUCGGUGCGCAGCGUCUCCUUCAGCUCGUCCUCCAUGUUGGUCUCGGGCUGUCUGUCCGGAGAGGUCAGGGUGUGGGCCGUGUCCACGUCCACGUGCGUCGGCUGCUUCCAGGCUCACUGCGGAGCCGCCGAGGCUCUCGCCUUCCUGGACCACGGCACCAUGCUGCUGAGUGCCGGCUGCGAUCACACGCUCCAGCUCUGGUCCCGAGGACUUGGUCGCUCUGUGAUUACCUUAAAAACUGAUGAUUGCGAGCCGGAGCCGCCUCAGAAGAAGCUGAAGCCUGUAACAUCUGGGCCUGUGGCGCUGUGUGCGGCUGUUAAUGACUACGCCACAGUGGGAUACCACGGAGAAGGAAUCAAAAUCUUCAGCACUGACUCAGGGGAGAAGAUCUGGGCUUCUGAGGACCUUCGGGGGUCUGUGCUGUGCCUCAUGUGGCUCAGCAUGGCAGCAGAGCAGGAGGUCCCUGAGCUGCUGGUGUCCGGUGGAGGAGACAAGCGACUGAGGAUCUGGAAGAAGAAAGGAGACGAGGAGGGGAUCCUGGGAGGACUGGUCCAGGUGGGAGAGUUUGGUGUUCAACAAGGUGCCAUUGUGGCCCUGGCACAAAACUCCUCCUAUCUGGCCUCAGCUUCAGAUGACUUUACCGUUGCUCUGUGGCUGUUGACCGAUCUGACCCUUGACCCUUGGGCUGACCCCACUGUGGUGUCUCUGCUGAGGGGACACAAUGGAGGGGUCACAUGUCUGUAUUUCAGUCCUGAUGGUCAACAGCUGCUAUCGGGUGGAAAAGAUCAGGCCAUGAUAGUUUGGGACGUGAGUUCAUCUCCUGCUGCUCCGUCUAAAACCCUCCAUCACGCUCACAGAGACUGGAUCACCGGCUGUGUCUGGACUCCAGACUGUGUGCUGAGCUCCUCAAAUGAUGGCAGGAUCUGUGUUUGGGACCUUCAGGCAGGCCAGAGUCUCCGAGAAAUUUCCUGGAGGAGUCCUCUUACCUCCAUCUGCUGUGUGGGACAGUAUGUGAUUGCCGGCUGUGCAGAAGGGGCGCUUCAUGUUUGGAGCUGGGAAACUAAAGUAGAAAUCUGCCACAUUCCUGCACACAAACAGCGUGUGCACCACUGCUCAGUUGUUCAAAAUGCAGGGGAGGCUGAAGUCGCAGCAGAGGAAAUGACUGUUUUCACCGCGUCUGACGACGGUACGGUGCAGCUUUGGAAACCUUUACAGGUGGAGCAUUUCAGCACCUUCCAGGGUCACAGUGGGGGAAUUCAUGCAGUCGUUCCUAAGGAAGGAUUCCCAGAAUUCCUCACAGUGUCUCAAGACUGCUCGCUGCGACGCUGGUUAUGGAAAAUGCCAAGUCCUCCCUGCCUGAGGGGCGCUGUUUCAGCUUUGUGCUUCUCUCAGAGUGGCGAUCUGGUUCUCGUUGGUUUUGACUCUGGUUUCCUGGAGUUGUGGCAGAACAACUCUGUGGUUGGUCAGAAGCAGGUUUCAGCCUUUCCCAUCACAGCGAUCUGCUGUAUGCCUGAUUCUCAGUUUGCUGUCAGCUGCAGAAAACCAUCCGUUGAUGUUUGGAAGCUGGUGUGGAAUCAACACGGCAGUGCAAACCUGGUGAAGGUGCUGACAUAUUCCGUGUCGGAUGUAAUGAUCCACCUUAUCUACUGCUCCAUCCUGAUUGGUGUGUCCCAAAGCUCCGUCAUAUAUAAUGUUGCGUACACGGAGGAAAACAAGUGGAACCAAAUGAUCCACACUUGGAAUGAAAACACACAAGUUCUGUGGCUGCAACGUAAUGACGAGAAAAGCCUGUGGCUGGCAGGCGAGUCCGAAUGCGAAGUGCAUCUGGCCUUCAUGAUCCCUAUGGGUCCAAAUGUCAACCUGUCUGGAUCUUUCGGCACAGUUCACCUCAGCAGCAACGAGCCGCUGGAGAAGAGGAGCCUGUUGACGGCUGUAUCUGUGGACGGAGAGUUGGUGGUGUGUGGAGACAUAAAGGGCAACAUGUGGUUUAUCCAGCCUCCUUACACGUCCUCAUGGAGCAACAAAAAACCUGCUCACAGCAGCAGGAUCAGUGUGCUCAAGGUCACGGGUAGCACCAUCAUCUCCGCUUCCCACGAUGGAACCGUGAAACUCUGGGACAGAAACACCAAGAAACAGGUGGGAAUGUUCGUGUGUGGAAGUCCUGUCCUGGUUCUGGAGGUGAACCCACAGAAACCCAAUGAGCUGGUCUGUGGGGAUACCAGGGGAAAAGUCUAUUUCCUCACCUGGCAGGAAUGAAUCGUCGCUUCUCUCAACACUGUUGCUCAUGAUUAUUACAUCAUUUGAAUCCCAAGUCGACCAAAAAACAGUUUGGAAAUUUUCUUUCAAUGUGCAAUAUUUCUGUUAAAGAAGUUGAUUGAUUUGGGUCAGGUGGUGUAAAAUCAGAAUGAUUGAUUACUCACAUAUGUACCUUUAUUUUUGAUGGAAAUUGUGCAACUUAUCAAGAAGAUUAAAAUUAAUUUAAACUUGUUUAGCUCCUGUUUGAAAAUUGUGCUGGAUAACAAUUAGGAAAGUGGGAUACUGUAGGAAAGUCUGAAUGGAAAA